AUGGCGCAACAACCAGCCCAGAAGCCCGCGGCGCCGAAGGCAUCAAAGGUGCACUUCGCAACCCCGCUCGCCCAGUCCACGCGGUCCAGCAUCCUCGAGUGGCGCCUGCCCAGGCCGCACCACCAGUACGUCCUGACGGGCCGCUCCCGCGCGGCCUGGCACACGUCCUUUGUCGUGCCGCAGCUCAACCUGCUGCUCGACGCGGGCCUCGUGGUCAACAGCCUGCGCCCGAAGCACGUCUUCAUCACGCACGGGCACAACGACCACUGCCUGCUGAGCCCGGCCUUCGUCAAGCGCGAGGACCCGCCCGACGUCGUCUGCCCGGCCGAGAUGGCCGGCGUCUUCGACGCCUACAUCGCCGCGAACUCGGCGCUCAACCUCGGCGGCGCCGUGGACCUCGGCAGCCGCGCGCCGAGCCCCGAGGACGAGGACGAGGACGAGGACGGCGAGGACGGCGAGGACACCCCCGGCAGCGGUGGCUCCGCACCCUCCUCCGUCGCCGGCCCGGGCUACCUGCACACGCACGUCACCCACGGCGUGCGCCACGGCGACGUCGUGCCCCUCCGGCGCACCAAGAACAUCUCGGCUCAGGUCUUCGCCUGCGACCACUCCGUCCCCUCGGUCGGCUACGUCUUCCGCGCGACGACGCACCGCCUCCGGCCCGAGCACGCCUCCAAGACCGGCCCCGAGCUGAGAGCCCUCCGGCAGGCGGGCGAGGAGAUCACGGCGCCCGCGACGACGCCCUUCAUGGCCUUCCUCGGCGACGGGACGGCCGCGACGCUGGCCGCGGAGCCCGAGUGGCUGCGCGGCGGGAUCCCCGUCGUCAUCACCGAGUGCAGCUUCCUGCACGAGGAGCACCGCGCGCAGGCGGCCCGGACCAAGCACACGCUGUGGGCCGACCUCGAGCCCGUGGUGCGCAAGUUCCCGCGGACGACCUUUGUGCUCACCCACUUCAGCCUGCGGUACAGCGACCGCGUCGUGGCGAACUUCUUCAGGGACAUGGCCGACCCGCCUGCCAACAUUGUCAUCUGGGCAGACGGAGAGGCCGAGGAGGGAGCUGGAUGCAGGUAA